AUGGUUCCAGGAACAACAAAGGCUGUCAAGAUGGCCCUCAAUGAUAGAUCGCGGAUACCUUCGGAUGCUAUGGAAGAGGAAGAAGUUGCAGCUGAGCAAGUAUCAAAACUACAAGAUGCAAUAAGCAAAAAAGAUGCAAAAGCAAUCGAACAGAUACAACCUCAUAUCGGCUUAACAUUCUUGUCAGCCGGUUUGGCAAAUGCAAUGUCAGCAGCAUCGACGAAUUGGGCAGAUGUAACAAAAGUACGUCAACAAUUGGAGAUGCAAAGGAAACGAAGAUCAUUCUUGGCUGUAGGAUCGAGUAUGAUUCGUGAAGAAGGGUUGAGGAGUAUGGCAAAUGGAGUGACUGCAAGUUGUUUACGUGAAAUGACAUACAGUACGAUCAGAAUGGGAGCAUAUGAAAAUUUUAAAGAAUUAUACUCGUCAAUAGUGGAACCUAGUUCUUUCGCCAAUAAACUCUUGGCGGGAGCCACAUCGGGAGCACUUGGCGCUGCCAUUUCUACGCCGACCGAUCUUGUGAAAGUGCGUAUGCAAGCUCCUCGCAAGGCACCGGAUUUCAGGCCUCCGUAUAAGAAUUCAUGUGCUGCUUUUGCUGAAAUUUACAAGCAAGGUGCAGUAUCUGAAGGAUUCAAAGGUGGUUUGAAUAAUUUGUAUCGAGGAACCACUCCGAACAUCAUCCGAGCGUGUAUCUUGACGAGUACGCAAAUCGGAAGUUAUGAUGAAAUCAAGGGAUUUUUCAAAAGGAACUUGCAAAUGCAAGAAGGGACAGGAUUACACUUUUCUAGUAGUAUGGUUGCUGGUCUGUUUUGCAGUUUGGCAUCACAGCCAGUAGAUGUGAUCAAAGUUCGAGUAAUGCAAGAUCGUUCUGCUAAUGCAGUUUCAUUAGUAACUUCUUUACUCAAAAAUGAAGGUCCAAUGGCCUUAUACAAGGGAUUUGGGAUGUGUUGGGCCCGUUUAGGUACGCAUACGGUCAUUUCGUUGGUUCUCUUUGAACGUUUACGCUCUUUGUUCGGUAUUAAACCUCUCUAA